AUGUUCCUUGGAGACGCAUCGACGCUUCUGUCAGUACUAAACCGGAGAUUACCAGAACUGGGUCUGGUCCGAUACGUCUGUACAGAGACGAGCUGGAUCGAAUCGGUGCUGUUCUGGACGGAUAUCCGAGUGGGUACGUCGGAGAUAGUUCUUCUCCAGAGUAACAUAACCGUGAAUUAUAUCAAGAGGAAAUCAGAUUACGUCCAUGAACCGAUUUCAAGAACCGGUUUAGAAUCGAUUUGGAGGAAGAUGAUCGAGCUUGAGAUUCUGGCUAUGGCUUUCAAUCCAUACGAGGGCAUGAUGGCUAAGAUCUCGCCGACGGCAACACCAUUCCCGUACAGAGCAGACAAUCUUUGGAAGAUUCAGUGCAUGCCCAACAGUAUCAGUUGGGUGACUACAUGCAUGGAGGAGAUGAGGCAAGACAUAGCCAGAAUGCAGACACAACGUGCGGCCGAAGCAACUACACCAGCAUCGAUCGACAUAAACCUUCCAACAUCGAUCGACGCUGACCCGUCACAAUCAAAUCCGAUGAACUCUCAACCUGAUUCUUACGCCAGAGCAGAGAUUGAUCAGAUGGUAGAAGAGAUCUACAGAAUUCUGGGAGCAGCAGAAGAAAGACUUGAUAAGAGAUGUGAUGACAUAUAUUUCCCAUGGGACAUCACCAUCAGUUCUUUUACUUCUCAGACAGAAGCAAUGCAGAGGGAGAUAGUGGAGAUUUAG